AUGAUGCAAUACAACCUUGAGCUCGACGACGAUGGCUCGCGCUUCCUAUUGGAGACGAAGAACUCCAAGACCUGCAACCUUCGCCUCACUGCCUUUGCCUCGAGACGACGCAGGAAACCCUCCGUCGCCGAGGCCGGGAUCUUCUUCCAUCGCCGCCACAAGCGCAGGUGGCUUGACGGCGAGACCAUCAAGAACGGCACCCAGAUGGAUCUCUGCCACAAGAGAUUCUUCCAAGAUUUGGACUCCCUGUUGGACUCUCGUGCCGCGCUCAAGAUCUUCGAAAGGAUGAUCUUGGAGCUGGACUUUGGUGGCUGCGAGAAGAAGCUAGCCAAGAAUUGGGUGCACGACGUGUCGAAGUUUGGGUGCAUGGCGGCGAUGGCGGCGGCAGGGAUGAGGGCGAAGAUGAUGACCAUGGUGGUGGAGUUUAGUGGAGUAAAAAUUGAGACGUAUGAAGAUAAGGACAUGAUGGACUAUGAGGAAUCAGAGGAGGAGGAGGAGGAGGAGGAAGAGGUUUGCUGUAUUUGUUUUGAGGAGAAGGAGAAGGUGGAAGAGGUAGAGAAGUUGGCGUGCUCCCACUCUUUUCACGGGCACUGCAUAGAGGAGUGGUUCCAGAGACAGCAGCGGUGCCCACUCUGCCGAUCUGACGUGCAUUAA